ACCCUACUUUGACUCUUUCUCUUUCUACUAGAUUUUUUCUCCUUUCAAUUCACUCCUCAUCCUCUCCUCUUCAGCUCUUCUUCCUCUUAUCUUCUCCUCUUCCUCUUCUAUUCCAACUACUCUUCAGCUCCAACCACUCUUGUCUUCAGCAGCGCCGCCAGGCGCCAGGCGCCAGCCGCCGUCCACAACAAGGGAAGCAGCAGUAGCCGCGACAGCAGCACAGCAGCAGCCAGCCACAGACAGCAGCACAGCAGCAACCAGCCGCGACAGCACUCAGCAGCAGCCAGCCGCCGACCGUGCAGCAGUUUGGUCCAUUAAAAAACCGAAAUAAAAAAUCGAAUCGAAUUAAUAAAAAUCAAACCGAAAUAUUUCGAUUCGGUAUUCGAUACGCAAUUUACAAAAACCGAAAACCGAAAAAACCGAAAAAAACCCGAACCGAACCGAAAUACCGAAUGCCCACCACUAUAUUAAAUUUGAAGUAAUUAUAUACCCAUCUCGAUUUUAAUUUAAUAUAAACAAAUAAUAAACCCUUCUCCAAGAUAAUAAAUCCCUUCUUCUCCAAAGUUCCAGUACCUUCUAGUUUCUACAAAAUCUCUUCAAUAAAUUCUUCUUCUUCCCUAAACAAAACACCGAAAAAUCUAAGUAAGAAAUCAAAAAUGGCGAAAGAGGGACCUAAUUGGGAUGGUUUAUUGAAAUGGAGUCUAUCUCAUGCUGAUGGUACCAAACCUCCUCCUCGCAAUUUGAGUGAGGAGGACAGGAGGUGGUUCAUGGAGGCUAUGCAAGCUCAAACUGUUGAUGUGAUUAAGAGAAUGAAGGAGAUUACACUUGUCAUGCAAACACCAGAGCAGGUUUUGGAAUCACAGGGGGUGACUUCCCAAGAUAUUGAAGAUAUGCUGGAUGAGCUACAAGAACAUGUCGAAUCAAUUGAUAUGGCUAAUGAUCUGAAUUCAAUUGGUGGAUUGGUGCCUCUUCUUGGUUACUUAAAGAACUCCCAUGCAAACAUUAGAGCCAAAGCGGCAGAAGUCGUAAGUACAAUUGUUCAGAACAACCCGAGGAGCCAACAACUGGUAAUGGAAGCUAAUGGCCUAGAACCCCUUCUGUCAAAUUUUACCUCAGAUCCUGAUGUUACUGCCCGCACUAAAGCUCUUGGUGCAAUUUCAUCUUUAAUUAGGCACAACAAGCCUGCCAUUGCUGCAUUUCGUCUUGCAAAUGGUUAUGCAGGUUUAAGAGAUGCUUUGAGUUCUGAGAGUGUGAGAUUUCAGAGGAAAGCCCUUAACUUGAUCCAUUAUUUACUACAUGAGAAUCAUUCAGACUGCAAUGUAGUGACUGAGCUAGGAUUUCCUCGAGUUAUGAUGCAUCUAGCCUCUAGUGAUGAUGGAGAAGUGCGAGAGGGUGCCCUACAAGGUCUUCUUGACCUUGCCCAAGACAAGACAGGAGAGGUUGCUGGCUCCUCAUCGACUGAAGAAAAUGAGAAACUCAAGCAAAUACUCCAGGAGCGAAUUAAGGGGAUUUCCUCUAUGUCACCUGAAGAUCUUGGUGCUGCUAAAGAAGAGAGGCAACUUGUAGAUUCCCUCUGGAAUACUUGCUACAAUGAACCUUCCUCUCUUAGAGAGAAAGGCCUAGUUGUUCUCCCCGGAGAGGAUGCAUUACCACCUGAUGUUGCUAGCAAGCAUUUUGAACCUCCUCUGAGAGCUUGGGCUGCAAAUAGGAACGAGGAUACUAAGCCAAGUAACGAAAAGAAACAGGCUCCCUUAUUGCUAGGCCUAGGUCCACCUACACAGGGUCCUCCUGUGCAGAAUAGCUCUAGUGGAGCCAUGUCUGGGGAAGAAAAUAGAGACACCUCUGCAUGAUGUACAUUUUUGGGCAAUACCAGGUUAUUCAGCUUAAUAUAUCUUUGUGAUAUUACAAAUAACACUGUGUUAAAUGCCAAGUGUUUUCUGGAUAAUUUUGAGUCUUUCCUCUCUGUCAUGUCACACUUCCAAUUUUUCUUCAUUUCCUUUGUUGUUUAACCAAAUUCUCAAGUGUAAUGCUGUAUUUGUUUUGGUUAUAGUAUACGUACAACAUUGACUGUUGAAUCUGUUUUUAUUUUGGUGAAUUUUAUCACAAUAUGAAAAUCUGAACUAUUACUAGUA